CCCUGCACCGUGGCGGGAAAGUGGCGUCGGUAGCGACGCUUCUUACUCCGAGCUCCCCGCCGGCCGCUGAGGCCGCCAUGGACGCCGCCGAGGUGGAGUUUCUGGCUGAGAAAGAGCUGGUUACCAUCAUCCCUAAUUUCAGUUUGGACAAGAUUUACCUCAUUGGGGGGGACCUGGGGCCGUUUAACCCCGGCCUUCCCGUGGACGUGCCGCUGUGGCUGGCCGUCAACCUGAAGCAGAGGCAGAAGUGCCGCGUGCUGCCUCCGGCCUGGAUGGAUGUGGAAAAGUUGGAGCAGCUGAGGGAUCAUGAACGAAAGGAGGAAACAUUUACCCCUGUGCCCAGCCCUUACUACAUGGAGCUCACCAAACUCCUGUUGAAUCAUGCUUCAGACAACAUCCCCAAAGCAGAUGCCAUCCGGACCCUCAUCAAGGAUCUGUGGGACACACGCAUGGCCAAGCUCCGGGUUUCUGCUGACAGCUUUGUGCAGCAGCAGGAGGCGCAUGCCAAGCUGGAUAACCUGACCUUGAUGGAGAUCAACACCAGCGGGGCCUUCCUCACACAAGCGCUCAACCACAUGUACAAGCUACGCACAAACCUGCUGCAGCCUGCGGAGAGUGCCCAGUCUCAGGACUUCUAGAAGCCUGGCACUUACUGCAGAUUUGCUGGGUGACGUACGAGUGCACAGGACUUGGGAGAGGUACUUGUGCUUCUGGAAUCCUGGAGACUUCUUCCUGUGAUGCCAGGGGGCCAGCGGAGGCAUCUCUGAGUGUGUGAGAACACAGAAUGGUGCAGGGAAUGGAUGUUUAAUAUCAGCUUGUGGUUAUUCCUCAAACAGCUCCUGAGUGCUCAGUUCCCCACGUAAUUCUAGAAGCCAGCUUUUCUUUGGGGCUUCAGGGUUAAGUUCUGGAUGUCAUGCUAUACUGAGUUCGGGAACAGGUGAAGCAGCAGUGGUGAGCCCCAGGGCCCUUGUGCAGCCUUCUUGGUCCUCAUUUUGUGGGCUGCGUUUAAUGUGCAGGUGCUCCCGGGGGAUGGCCGGUAGAGCAGCCAGUGAUGUUGGCCCGAUUCGUGCUUACCUAAUAAAAAUGCCAUCAGCUCAAA